CCACGUUAACUGCGCAGACCUAUUCACCAAAACAGACGAGUGUCGCACCGUUGGGUUCGGUCCGUCGUCGGUGCGUGCAAUUUGUGAAUUCUGGGUAACGUCCAUCCGUAGUUCCAGUGGUGUUCUCUGUGAAAGUAGUUGGUUAUAAUGGACAAACUAUUAGAGUUUGGGAGGAAAGCAUUAUUCUAUGUUAGAGUACUUUCUGGAUAUGAAGAAAGAAGGAUCAGGUCUUACAGAUUGCAACUUCAACGACGAUUUGAACAGGCGCAAGAAAGGAAGGCAGCCUUGAGAAAGAUCCCAGAGCAGGUUAUUUUAUCAGAGGUUCGCCGUAUGGUUGAGGAGAUGCAGGCAUUGAAUCGGAAACUUGAAGAAACAGAGUCUGCUAUUGAAGAGUACUUCAAGCCAAUCGACAAGCAGGCAGAGGUCAUAAUGAACAUGCAGCUUGAAGGGGAGGAAAAGAGAACAAGGGAAAUGAUGAAGGCCAUGCAUGAGCAGGCUUUGCUUGUGAAAGCUGAGGCAGAGAAAAUGGAAAAAGUGUGCAAUAUGGAUUCAGACAAACAACUCAACACAUCAUCCUCUCUCAACAAUCAAGGUGGUGAUGUGAGAUGACUUGUGUAAAAUUGUCAAUGUUUGGCUGAGGAAUAAAAAUGUAAGCAUUAGUCAACCUCCUGGUUUUUUGAGAACAAGUGUUAGCAUUAGAUAUAUCUGGUUUUGUUUAGGUGAG